CUCAGCCGUUAUUUAGCCGCGGAGUGACACUUAAAACAUCCACCAACAUCUUCAAAAAGUCCUGCAAGAAUAACUCAACCCAAACAACCGAGACUUGGGACUCAGCAGCGGUGACCACCCAAAACAGUGCCAUUUUUAGACGUUUACUGCUGACGUUUACAGAGGCUUCAAAUAGCUUCCGUUUCACCCUGCUAGUGAUUGGACUGUGUUCUGUGCUUACCCCAAGUGAGCUAAACGCAUUGGUUGAACAAGUCCGACAUUCUACACUUCAAUGGAGGAACAGCCCAAAGAUCGGGCACAAGACAGACAACAGCAUCACCACGGAGAGGACAGAAACUCUACUCAACGCACACCUUGUCUAAAACAUGAUCAGAGCCACUUCCAGCGCCAGCAUCAGGAAACGCAGACGAAGAAAACAGGUUGGGCCAUCCGGAAAAGCAAUAAAAAAGUAAACAUCAGUGAGGAGGAGGGAGAGAAGAAUCCACAUCUGUCUGAUUCUGUUGGUAUGUCGCAUCCCUCCAACAGCAAUGGUAACAGACAAGCAAGUAACACAAAUGUGAAGCAGAAGUCGACACAAAAGCUGUACACGACUGUUCCAAAAGUGAGCAGCAAAGGACUGGACCAUAAGAAGAAUAUGGACCUUAAAAAUGACAAAGAAAAGACCCUGGAUUUGAAUCAUCACGAAGGCCAGCCUUUGGAUAAGAAAGACUCUGUGUUGCUUCAAAAUGGCGUUUUAAACUGUGGCUUAAUUACAAAUGGCUAUUCUAGCAAGGACAAUGAUGGCAGCGGCUCUGAAGGUGGAUAUACUACUCCGAAGAAACGCAAGGCCAGAUGUAACAAUGCCAAGAACACUGAUAAUGUGAUAAGAGAAAAGGAGAAAGACAUGCAGCAGGACAACACUACACAGGAGCAAGGGGCUUUUAAUCUUGAGACAACUGAGAAGGGAGUGACUUCCAGACUGGACGGCUUUAGAGUUGCCCAUAAAAUAGAGGCUCAGUCCGCAGCUAGAAGGGCUGUUGCCUCAGAGGCUUCAAUGGGUGAAUCUCAGAGGAAAAACUCUGAUGGCAAAGCACUUGGCACCUUUGGUAAAAAGACUGAGGAAAGGCACAAAGCCAAGCUUUCCUCACCUUCAAAAGAGGACUCAUGGACUUUGUUCAAGCCCCCUCCAGUAUUUCCUGUGGACAAUAGCAGUGCUAAAAUUGUUCCCAAGAUCAGUUAUGCAAGUAAAGUAAAAGAAAACCUCAACAAAGUAGCUCAAGGUGGAGGAGAGGCACUGCCUCCUCCUGUUAGACUGUCACAGGUCCCUAUGUCUGCUAUGAAAACUAUCACCUCAGCUAGCUUUACUAAUGGUCCGGUUUCUGGAAAUGGAAACGGCUGUCCAGUGGGUACCUUCUUCGCUCCUGCUGCUAGUAGUAUUCCACCAGCCCCAUCUAUCCCAAGUGGCGAGAAUGUAGCAUCUCCUUUGGAAAGUAACUGUAGCUCUACAACUAGUCCUGUAGAUGGAGAAGCAUAUGAGCUUAGAAAGUGUACUCUUUUAAUUUACCCUUUAAAUAUGCAACCUGUGCUCCCUAGUGCUCGUCACCUUGACCCACCGGCUGCUCAGACAAAUCAGAAAGCCUUGGGAGAUAUCUUCCAGAAUCAGUGGGGGCUUUCCUUCAUCAAUGAGCCCAACUUGGGGCCAGAGGGAGGAAGUGGCCAGGUGCCUGCGGAGGACAAGACUACUGUGGUCACACCUCAGAGCGAGUGUCAGGCUGUUGGAGCCAAGGCUGCCCAGCCCUGCUUUGAUGUUAGCCCAUCAUUCUUGGAGCCUGGCACUUUGGCUCAAGACCCUGAGAAAAGGACUUGUGCCCCUUGCAAUGUGUCUAACGCUUGUCCUCCUGCUUGUGUUAUGAGCGAGGAGAACAAGCUGCAGCCAUGUGGCCAGGAAAAGACAAAAGCUGAGGGCAAGGGUGCAGGUUCUGCUGUGUCGGCCCCUAGUAAAGACAACGGUGCUAAGCCUGCGCAGGGCCAGCUAACCACUUUGUUGUUUGGCUCAUCUAAAGAACAGGCCCACUCUAAAGACAUUGGCAAAAGGUGUAGCUGGGGGCCCAUUGACAUUAAAGCUGCUGUCGCUUAUCACACUAAAGAAAUGGAAUUCAUUUUCAACUUGCAAAAACAAGAUCCAAAAAGAGUAGUGGUAUAUGAUGAGACCAAGGAUGGACCUGAUCAGUGAGGUAGAUCGUCUACAGUACUUAUCUUCUUCUCUUCUGGGUGCUGCAGUUAUCUACCUUGGAAAUCAUGAAUCCUGUCGGACAGAUAAAGUGACAACUGUGAAAACAUUGAUAGUAUAGCAUGACAGAUGUUCCUUGGAAUCUCGGGUGGAAUAACACAUUUCUUUUGGGGCAUCAGACAAACGCACGCACACACACUCUGGAGGGACGUUAGAGGAGUUGAUCGGUGCCUCUCCGACAUGACAUACGACGGACACUCGCAACUUUGGAGCUGUGUUGGUCGUUUGUCUCGUGGCUCUUUAGGAUGACGUUCGGGAGUUCAACAAAAGGAAGGUGUCAUGGAUUGCACCUCCCUAAGCCUUUAUCCUGUUGAACUGCGGCAGCCGUCAGUCUGACUAUGGGAUGCCUCAGUCAUUUUAUUUCUUCACGCGUUCAAAUGAGUUCAUUGUAGAUAUGUUAGAAGUUAUACAUACACAUCUGUGUGCAAGCUUGAAUUAAUAGCGGAAGAAAGGAGAAAAACACACUUUUCAGCAAAGAAUGCCUUGAAGUUGUGGAAUAAAGAUCUUUGGAGUCCUGUUAAACUGUAAGUUAGGUGGAAGCUCACAGGUGAGGCCCCAUCCAGGAAGGGAGAACCUUGUCUUAAAUCCUUGUUAGGGGACAUCAGAGCCCAGAAAUUUUAAAAUGCUUGCUUUGUUUCUUUUUAUACUGUUUUGUCUGACUUAACAUGAUGAGUGUGAACCCCCCAACCCCCCUCCCACCCCCAGAGCACAGGUACAGAAGUGCCCCGUUUGAAGUAAAGCUACGCCCCUUCAUUUCAGUGUUUAAUACAGGUGUGCUAAAGAUUACAAAUCAGGUCUAUGUUAAAGGCAGAACCUCUUUAUCUUAAAGCUUUUCAUACAUUUCAUGCAAAAGGUUCAGAGUCAUAUACCUUCUAAUAUGAAUCCUGAGUGACAAAGUGUGAAGCAAGAGACAUCACUACCGUUAACGUCUUCUGCGUUUUGUGCUACCUGUUCAGCCAAGACUCAGGAUGUCCAGUCAGAUUAUUUUGCCUGCAUUUCUGUCUGUGUAACAAACUGUUGGAUUCCUCUUGUCAGAGGAGCAUGUGUUGCAUUUUUACAAACUACAUAUUCUUUUUUUUUGUUGUUUUCUGACUCUGCAGAGGGUCCUUGCUUUUCUGUCUUAUGACAUCUUAUUUUUGCAUUUUUACCGGUGGAAAUGGACAAGUCAGGUCGCUCUUCAUCACCACACAAAGAUAACAGUAACAACGACAAUUGCAAUACUAAUGUUAGGUUUCCCCCACCCCGACUAGCCACUAUGUCAAAACUGUGUUGAAAUGUGAAGAUGGUUUGUUCUGUUAAUGUGUUUUUUUUUUUUUUACUGUGGAUAACAUUUUACAUUUGCAAAACCAGUGUGCAAUAACACCGUGUGAUCCAUACGGCGUGAGAAAUGGGUUAUAUGGAGCUACAAAAUCAUCACCCAAGAUGCUGGUGUGUGUGUGUGUGUGUGUGUGUGUGGCCUGCAGUUCAUUUGUUGUUCAGAAAAAUGUUUUAAGGUGCGUUUUCAAGUUGUUAAUUUUUUUUUUUUUUUCUUUUUGCAAAAAGAACUUCUAUUGAAAGAUCUAAUUAAGUCUAGGGAGCCCAAAUUUUAACUGCUAACUGGCCAGCAUGUUACAUCACUUUCAUCACCAUCUCCAAAUCAGGAUCGGUUUGUUCAUCAUAACGAAGGAACUGUCCAGGUUGUGUUUGUUUUGUUUUUUUCUUUAGGAGAUUUGGUUAAUGUGUGGAUUAAUAGCACUUUAUGUAAACUAAUUGCUUUUAUCUUUUAAUUACUAGAGAGAUCUAUAUGUACUGACAAGAAAUACUCCUUGAAAGAAUGGCUCUGGGCUGUUACUUUUCAGAAAACAAAUAAGUUGAUUUAAAAAACAGAAUUAUAAAUGUAACUCAGGUAGUGUUGAUAAAGCCAUGACUAUGUUCAAUAUUGUUUUUUUGUUUAUUUCUAUUUUUUGCCAAACGUCCCCGUCAUGUAUUUUUUUUAAAAUUGGAAUUGUUGAAUUAGAGAGUCCUAUAGUCUCGUAUGAUGUGACGAAACACCAAAUAUUUAGCUGUGUGGAGAAACCGUCAUGGCAUGCAAAGGGUGCUGUCAUUGAUCAUCAUGGGCUCUUAAAAAAAAAAUCAAAGUUUUCCUGUUUUAUUUCCCCUUUUAAAAAAAAAAAAACAGAAAAGCACAUUGCUCCAUGCGUUAUCUAUGUAAACUAAAACUGUAAUCUUCUUGCAAUCUCGGAUGGUUGAUUCCUCUCCCUCGUGCGUUCACGGUGAAGCACCUCUUGAUUUAUUAUUGCUGAACAUCGGUGGUGUUUCUGUGGGGUUGCUACAAUCUGGGUAUGAGCUUUUGUUUUUCAAGUACACUUCUUUCCACUGUGUCCUCCUGAUUGCAGCUUGUGUGCGGGGGGGGGGAGUCGUAACUGCAGCCAGUUUGUCUUGACAUUCAACUUCCACGUCUAAUCUCAGUCGGCUCUCUGGUAUUUAAAAAUGCUUUUGUUUUGGCUUCCAUUGUACAGCUUGUGAUGGAUGAGUGUAUUAUCAUAUGCUGCCCUCUGAAUGAGAACAAUUGUGUGAGGGAUCUGGGGUACAGUAUUUGAGGAGAUAUUGCCUAUUGGCAUUUAGGCUUUUCAUGUUUUUUUUUGUGUUUGUUUUUUUUUCUGUGCUUGUGGAAAUUGACAUUUAAUCUGUCAUGAAGUUACACAAAACUCACAAUUUAAUUUCUCCCGAUUGCCCGUAAUCCAUAGGCAGAGUGAGGAAAACGGGUUUCCCUUAAGGUAAAUGCCAAAUAGUUCAGACAGUGAUGCAUCUACAGGCUUCUUAAACGUAAAACAGGGUGAUCAAAACGAGUAGUAUGUGAUGUUACUGUAGUCUUACGACCUUUUUCAAAUAUUGUUUGUGUUUUUUUUUAUCUUUUUGGAGAGGAUGGUCCUGUACAGGGAAAAUCAAGAGAAUCUCCAUCCUCCCACCCCGAGGCCCCUCUAUUUUCAAGCACUUAAUACAGCAAAAAGGCUAUGUUUGAAUAUGCAUUUAUAAUGAUGGAACUAUUAUUUAGCACUGUAGCCUGCAAACCAAAAAUUGGUUCUUGGAGCUGAGUAGGACGGUUAAUCAGUGUUGGGCGGGGUGCUGGGGUGAGUGACUGUUGUUGGGUGUGUUGAGAGCGAGCGAGAGAGAAAAGCCUGAUCAUGUGGAGUUUAUAUUUCCACCCUCCCCCCUCCAGGAUGUGCAAUCACCUCAAGGAUGCAGGCUUCUAGGUUGUGAGUGACGAGUUCAGUGUGUGCUUAGCGAGUUCUUCCUAUUAUAUGCAAGUUCCUUGUAUAAUUCAGACCCCCACCACCCCCCCGCCUACCCUCCCUGUUGUUUCAUGUUCAGGUGCCUGUGUGGGAAAAAAAUAAUUAUACUUUUACAGCAAUUCUGAUUGUUUAAAAAAAAAAAAAAAAUCUGCUUCCAGCAUAUAUCCGUGCCAUUUUUAUUUUCUUUGUUUUUGUAACAUUUGCUGUUUAGGUUCUCUUACAGCUAAUCCUGAUUUUUCUUUCUUUAGAGCUACAUGGACACUGAAAGCAAUGAGCAUUAUCUGUGUUUUUGUUAGGUUUUUUUUUUUUUUUUUUUUUUAAAUUUCAUGGCUUGUGUUUUCCGAAUGGUUUGACCUAGAAAAAAAAUAAGUAAAUAAAUAAAAAAAAAAAAGAAAAAAAAAAAGCCAAAAUCAGUUUUGAAUGGGGACGGAUGACGACCGCUUGCUGGUGUGUAUACUUGUUUUCAGUCCAUUGUCGAGUUAAUGUCUGAGGUGUAGCACAUUUGAACUGAUUUAACAAAUUGAUGUUUUUAACAUGUGUUGUUUUUCUUUUUUUUAAAAGGUUUUAUUUUUGAGUUGUAACCUAAUUUAUCCAUAGAUGCAAACGUAGGAUGAGACUAAAAGGAAUAAACGAUAACAGAAAAAUCAAGAUGUCUCAUUUUUGACAAGUAUUAGAUGAUUUAGUUCCUGAUUAACGCUAACGUAGACCCAUUUCCCCUCCCAAUAGCACCAAUGUUAAUAUAUUUGAAGUCUUUUCCAGCAGAUUUUAUACAAAGUCCUUUAAUUUGUUUCUUCAGAUAGCUGUGAUGGAGUGACGAGCAUCCACUGCAUCCCAGAGUUCCUCUUAAUAUAUUUUUUACUUGUAGUGAUCAUGUCAUGAGGGGGAGUGAGGUAUUAUUAACGUGCAGUUCAACAACUCUGAAUCUGCUUUCGCCAAAGGUACACUACUCAGAUAUUCAGCUACUGAAUGGCAAACGCACAGACCGGGUGGAGGGGGACGUGGUUGUUGUUGUUGAUGUCACAACCAGCUCCCCGACAUCGUGCUGGGUUUUUCGGAGGCAUUUUAGUGAAGAAGAAAAAAAAAAAAAGAAGUCACUACUGUAGCAGCUGAAUGUCACUUUGAGCGUGUUAUUAAAAACGGUGUGAGAGAGGAGAUGUCUUUAAAAGAAAAAAAAAAAAAACACACACACACAAAAAAAAAAGUAAAACAAAUACCGAAAGUGCUGCUUCUUCAUCCAGUAAUCAAUCGUCUGUUAUGGGAAAUGCUGGACUUGGUGUUUGUGCUCGACUUUGAAAAAAAAAAAAACAAACAAAACAAAACUGUCCCUCCUUUUUUAAACUGUCAUUGCCUCUUGUGGAAACUGUUUUAAUUUAGGGGGCUUUUUAUUGUUUUUAUUCAGUGAUGCCAGAGAGGUACAGUGUUAAUGAUUCCACAUGUAGGGAGUGAAGUGAAACAAGGGCAACAUGUGUCUUUAGAGGAUGCAGUCAUGAGGAAGAGGUGAUAUGUCGUGCCGAGUCAUCUUCUUUUUUUGUUUUUCUCUGUGUCAUCUCAAAUGGCUGUUGUGCUUGUUGAUGCAUUUUUUUGUUUUGGUUUGUUUUUUUUUUCGUCUGCUCCUCCUGUUAUCACUUCUACAUCUCUUGCCCCCCCUAAAAAAAAAAAAAAAAAAAAAAAAAAAAGAGAGAGAGAAAAGAAAACGAGGCAAAAGCAUUAUUUUCUUCAAAUGUCUUACAGGUUGACAUAAGUUUCAAGUGAGCAGUCUGAUUUAUUUAAUUUUCUUUCUUUCGUUUUAAAUUUAACAGAAGUGUCACAUUACGUUUUUUUUUCUUUAAAGCAUGAUAAUAACCCUCAAAUUCCAAAACAAUGUAAUAGAGUCAAUAAAAAAGAAGAAACCUCCAGUGUUCACAAUUUUAGUUUCCAUUAAAAAUGUCAAAUUUUCAUGAA